UUUGGUAAUUUCUUGUUUCAAUUCUUUGCAGGUUUCCAUUACACCCGCCUCCCAGAGCUUCUCCCAGAGAGUUGUCUACUCAUCAUUAUUGGUUUUGCUAUUGGAGCAAUCAUCAGUAUUGAUCCCAAGGUCUUCCCACCAAGUCUCUCGUCGGGUCUUGAUACCGAUCUCUUCUUUCUGUUUCUCCUUCCUCCAAUCAUGCUCGAGGCUGGAUAUUUCAUGCCAUCCAGAUCCUUCUUUGAUAACAUCGGGACCAUUCUCCUCUAUGCAGUCAUUGGUACACUCUUCAAUACCAUGUCAAUAGGAUUCUCCUUAUAUGGCAUCUCUACGCUUGGUUGGUAUGGUAAUGAGACCUCUAUCUCCUUGUUGGAGUGUCUUACAUUUAGUAGUCUUAUUUCAGCGGUGGAUCCAGUGGCAGUCUUAGCUGUUUUUGAAGAGAUUCACGUGAAUGAAGUGCUGUACAUCUUAGUCUUUGGAGAAUCUUUACUCAAUGAUGCGGUCACUGUGGUUCUCUACAGAAUGUUUGAAAGCUUCAAUGCUAUUGGUGCGGAUAACCUCCUCGCUAUUGACUAUGUAGCAGGCUUCUUCUCAUUCUUCGUUGUUGCAAUUGGAGGAGUUGUGAUUGGUCUACUCUUUGGCUUCCUAACGGCAGUCUUAACUCGUUUCACACACAAGGCUAGAGUUAUUGAACCCAUCUUUGUCUUUGCGAUGUCAUACAUGGCGUAUCUGACAGCUGAGAUGUUUAGACUGUCGUCCAUUUUAGCGAUUGUGUUUUGUGCCAUGUUCAUGAAGCCCUACGUGGAAGCCAAUAUCUCUCAGAAGUCUCAUACAACAAUUAAGUACUUCAUGAAGAUGUUAAGUAGUAUUAGUGAGACGAUCAUCUUUAUCUUCCUUGGUGUAACUACCCUAGUUGAUCUUUCUGAGCAUCAAUGGAACACAGUCUUUGUAGUAUGUACGCUGCUAUUCUGUCUACUCUACAGAAGCAUUGGGGUGAUAAUUCAAACAUGGGUUGCUAACCGGUUUCGUCUUGCUCGCAUCGCUAAGACAGAACAGUUCAUCAUGGCUUAUGGAGGCCUACGCGGUGCAAUAGCAUUCUCUUUAGUUGCUCUACUAUGUGCACAGACAGUCGCAAGUAAAACCAUCAUGUUUACUACUUGUAUUGUAGUCGUCAUGUUCACAGUCUUUCUGCAAGGAACAACGAUCAAACCUUUAGUCAACAAGCUUCAUGUCAAGAAAGCCAUCAAACAUAAACCCUCCAUGAAUGAAGAGAUAUAUGAACGGUUAAGUGACCAUCUAAUGGUAGGCAUUGAAGAGAUACUAGGACAGUAUGGGCAUCACCAUUGGAGAGAAAAAUGGGAGCACAUCAAUCAGAAAUACAUCGAACCUUUACUGGUGCAAGAAAGAAAUAAAGUUGGAGAUCCUAAGAUAUUAGAAGUGUUCAGUAAACUGAAUGAGAAAGAUGCCAAAGAUUAUAUUAAGACUCAUGGAUCCUUUGCUUUACCACUUGACCAAUCAUGGGCUAAUAUGUUACGUAAUAAAUCAUCUGAUAUGCUGCAGACUGUACCUAGUCGACCAUCGUUCAGUGGACUGCCUGUCAAUGACAGUGUACCAUGCCUAGAUAUGCAGCAGAUGGAAACAGGCAUCGCUAAGAAACACGUCACUGAGUCAUCUUCACAUCAUCUUAAUCUCCUUGCAACCAACAUGUAUAAACCACAGAAACAUAUUAACCAUCGGAGGUCACGUCACAUGGACAUUGAUAUUCUCGAGCCUCAGAAGCUUAUGCAUCGAAGCAUGAAGCUACAAUUACAUCGUAUGUCUCGCAAUCAACAUCCAAGACGUCGAAGUAAACCAAAUCUGAUGUCUCUAGCUGUCCAUAAUGAGCAUCGUUUCCAAACUAAGCAAUGUGCAGAAAGGAAUCAUAACUCACCUAUUGCAGCUUCUAAGGAAUAUCCAGCUGUUGUUAUAACGCCAGAUGAAGAAGAAGAUGAGGGUAUUACAUUCAAAGCUCGAGAAGCUCUGUCUGCAGAUGAACCUGACAGCUCAAGAGAGGCAUGCUCACCUACAGCAUGUGAAAAAACCCUCCCAUGGAAAACAGCAAGUUGUGCUGAGAUUUCAGCUCGUGCCGAGAUGAAUCCCCAUGAGUUUGUGGCUGAAGCUCCUCCCACUCCUAGCAAAACACCCCAAGUGGAUAUCACUCCUCCAUCAUCAGAUAAUGAAGAGCAUUUGACUGCCGCUGAACAGUUACCAUGGAAAUCUAAUCCAAUAGAUGAGGUAUCACUAACUGAAGAUGAAGUAAAUAGCGCUGAGGAGCAAGAAUUUAAAGACACUCUGUUGAUCAACGGUGAAGCAAAUGAUAGGGAUCGAGAAACAAGAUUUUGAAAGCUUUUCUCUGGUAAAGAAUAAAGGUUUCUUUCCUUUUUGUUUUCUUUCCUUUGAGACUUGUAAGUAUAUUAUCUUGCAUUGUACACCUGUGACUUACUUUACAGUUCAAUAGUGGAGGUUUGGAUGGAUGUUUUUACCCUCAAUUGGGUAAAAGGCUGUCCAAAUUGGCUGGAAAUUUAAAAACUGGGUGUCCAAAUUGUUCACAUAUUAUACAUUUACAUGUAAAUUACAGAUAAAACAGGGUAUCCACAUUUUAAAUGGGGUGUCCGAAAGCACUAUGUUUACCCGUCAUGUACACCACUGUGGGACAAGUGUUGUACGAUCAGUGCUUUCCCCUAGUACUGUGGGGGGGGGGGAAAUUGAUGGUGCUCCAUUUAGUAUAGAGUUAAACUCGUUCCGGAUUUGUGGACUUUGCGACUAAAUAAUAUUAAGUGAUGUUCAUGCUAAUGUUUCAUGUUUCUUAUGAGAAGGAACUCUAAAGAUAAUUUGACACUUUUGAAACAUUGAGAACAUCUCCUUAUUGUUCAGGUGCUGAAUUAUUUUGCCAAAGUAUAAUCUUUUUACCACAUUGCUGGUCAACUCCUGCAUUUCUAGUUGCCCUUUUUAUAUUAGAAUAUCACAUUGCUAAGGCUUUAUUGGAAUCAUGCAACCAUGGCAACCCUCAAGUCUUUGAAGUGAACAGUGAUGCUAAGGAUUUAGCAUUCAUUAUUUACUCUCAUACAUGUAUAUUAUAAACACAUGUUACAAACACAGAUAGUUUGGGUUCACACUUGUAUUUAUAAGUUUACAACUAACUUGUAAGAACAAAUUAAGUUCUUUGACAAUUAAACGUGGAAUCAAAAUGACCAAACCACAAUAGAUUUGCGACUCUUGAUCCACUGAUGAAUUCAGAUUUCUACUUUUAUAUGGGUUAAGAAAGAAUUUUCUUUUUUAAAUGUUUGAUAUGUGGAUUAAGUAGAUACAAGUAGGGACAAGUUCAUGACACAUCCCAACAGUGCAAAUACCAAUAAAUGACUGUGAAACAAGAAGAAAUGUUCAGUUUUAGAUGUGGGAGGAAAACCCCAAUGGGAGAAACAAACACUUUCACAACUUUCAAACCAAAACAGUUUUAUCAACAUGGGGUCGUAGCAACAUAGAUUAUGCUCUUUGCAAAUAAAUAAAAUAUUUAACAAUUACAUGAGUCGACAAAGACUUGUUUGCCACAAUCAUUUGAUCCAAUCAUUCCUGUAGUAUUAUUUGUUACCAUUAACCAUUAAUCUAUUGCUACAUAUAGAUAAUUGUUUUAGUUUGGGUUUGCCCAAAUCAUUAGCCAAGGUUUGCUGUCAGGUGCCUACAAACAUGCAAGGUUGUGGUAGCAAAAGACUAAGACGUUUUUUACAUUUUUCUAUUUUGCUGAUGAAUAGAGCAGAUGUAAUUUGUGUUUCUGAUGUUCCAUCUAUCAUAACAGAAGGACCAUCAUAGUUGCCUGUUUAAAGACAGUCUGUCUUGUAUCUAGAAGUAUAAAUAUUGUACAGUUUAAAGACAGUCUGUCUUGUAUCUAGAAGUAUAAAUAUUGUACAGUUUAAAGACAGUCUGUCUUGUAUCUAGAAGUAUAAAUAUUGUACAGUUUAAAGACAGUCUGUCUUGUAUCUAGAAGUAUAAAUAUUGUACAGUUUAAAGACAGUCUGUCUUGUAUCUAGAAGUAUAAAUAUUGUACAGUUUAAAGACAGUCUGUCUUGUAUCUAGAAGUAUAAAUAUUGUACAGUUUGACCUGAGUGCCUUAGUCUCCAAACUACAACAUUAUAUUCAGAUCCUCAAUCCUUUCUAAAAAGGUUUGGCUUCAUUUUCUAAACUCAAACAUUCGUGUUUUUCAAUUUUAUAAUGGGUAUCAUUUUUUUCAAAGAAUGUGUUAAUCCAUCAGUACUGGCUUGACUUUUUACAUAGUUUUGAGUAACAUUUUUAUUGGUAGUACUUUACAAGAUUUGUAAAUAUUUUAUAGUGCACAGUUUUUCUUGCACGUACAUGUCAGUGUAAACAUGAAGGUAAUUGUAUUGUAGGUUUUGUGAGAUAUGUAUGUGGUGUGUCAUGGCCGAGAGGCCUAGUUAAAAAUAAUAAUAAUAACCGUAGUUAUAACGCGCCUUUUGCCAAAGGAUACAAAGCGCCCGGUAUUAUUACUGCAAGAAUGGGGCGAAUUUGAGAUAAGACCUAUACAUGUAAUCCUAAAGCACCAUGUAAUGGUUUACAAGGUGCUGUGGCGCAAUAUGCUGCCAAUCCAGCCAGGAACACUGGGGCGAAC